UACAGAUGGGACUGUGACACCCCCUGUGUACAUGAAGACAUGUUUUUCUUUAUAUCAGGCUCUAUUUGUCACUUCUUUACCUUGAUAGCAAUCUGGACGUUUUCAAGUCACUGUUGAGAUUUUCACGAUUAUCCUGAGAAUAAGUUUGUGUCCAUGACGCUUCGGCCCACACCGACAGUGUUCCCUGAACUUCUCACCUGGGGGGGCUGUGCCUCCUUCGUGGCUAACUUCCUGUCUCUGGACCCUUUGGAGCCGCCUGAAGGCCUGCCCAGGUAUUUGUUCUCCUCCAGCUCGGUGCUGCAGAGUCAGAGAGCCACAUGUUUUGAAUGUGCCACCCUGCUGUGCAGCCUGCUGCUCGGGGCCCACUACGACGUUUACUGUGUCAGCGGCUACGCUGUCAAAGAGAUGUGUCUGCUGGACCAGAGUCUGCAGGAGUGCCCCCUGCUGGACACUGAGGUCAAGAGUGUGAUCUCAGAGCAGGAGCCGCAGGAGAACAAAUACACAGUGAAACCUCUGAGGGAGCUGAAGAGUAACUUUGUGACGCAGCAGGAGAAGAAGAAACAGGAUGCAGAGGCUGCGAGGUUUCAGAAACACAAACUACAGGAGAGUGAGCAGCGACCUGCUGACCCCCUGCAAGGACUGCGGGUGCACUGCUGGGUGCUGGUGCUGUCAGGGAGUCGGAGCGUCCAGGAGAACUUCUUCAUCGACCCGCUGACCGGGAACAGCUACACCACUGACAAUGACAACUUCCUGGGCAUCGAGAGCGUGUGGAACAAUCUCAACUACUACGUCAACAUGCAGGACUGCAGGAACGGCUGCGCUGAUAUGGUGUAUGACCUGGAAGACUUAAAGAUAUGGGAGCCAGUCCUGUUCGGUGCAACCUACAAAAAGCAGCUGAUUCUUGAUGUGUUGAAGAAAAAGGAGAGUAAGCUGAUGAGCAAAAUCACCAAUGAUGUGGAGGAGGAGGAGCAGCCCCGAGCUUUUGAGAUGCCACGAUCCUGGGUCAGUGACAUCCCGAUCUCAAAACAAGACCUGGAGACCUGCUGGCCGGGAACACAGAAGGUGACCCAGUACAGAAAAGCAAAGCUGGAGAAGUUUGCACCGGACCUGAUGUCAGACGGGCUGAUCACACGACUGACUACAUACAAAGACCUGAACUGCACUGAUGUCGUCAUGGUGAAGGAGUGGUAUCAGCACAGAAACGACCACCUGGAGGAGAGGGAGGUCAACGAGGUCGACAGCUUCAUCACAGAAAGCUUCAAACGUGUACAACGUUUCCACCUUUUAUGUAAAUCCAGUUAAAAGUUCACUGAACCAAAGACACAUGUAACUGACCUGUAGCACACAUCUGUUUACAAACAACAACAAAACAAACUGAAACAUAAUGGAGCGUCUUCAACCCUCAUUCAGUAACGGUUGUUUUAUGUGGGAUAACUAAAUGACAUUCUUUCCUCCUCCUGUUGUUAUACUGUGUCCGCCAUGUGCGUAGCUUCCUCUGCGUGCUCACAAUCUGGCAGCUGCUCGCUACGUUUUUACAGAUGUUCAUUUCAUUUGUUCAUGUUCAUUAUGCAGCACGGCUGACACUGGUACCAGAUAAUGUAUGUGAGGCACGGUGUACUUUGUGAAGCAAGUGUUUCAAACUCUGCAGGAUAA